AUGAAUUCUGCUUCUUCUUUCAUGGAGGCACUUAAGGCCAACAAUGCCAAUUUCCAGUUCCGACCUACCCAGCAGGUCGCGGCUCUCCUAGCCGGCCGGGCUUCGCAGCCCGCAGGUCCUAGGACCCAGGCCUAUAAGGGCCUUUGGAGUCGUCUGGCCACCCUGCUCAUUCCAGUCACUCAGCUGGAAAUGAUUAUGGCCGUUUUAAUUCUGGGGGACCUUUACGAGGGCUGGGUCAACAAUGGAGUGGCCAGAACCAUCAUGCUGACCCCCUUGACUUCCGCUGACAUUGGUGCCCUUCGUGAUGCCCUUCCUCGCCUGCCGUCUGAGCUGAACGUCGUGCUGAAAGCUCACAAGACCCCAAACACCUGCGCUGUCACUCUCAUCCAGGCUUUACCUCGUGUUCUAGAAUCCGUAAUUGCACCCAAUCUGGAGCAAGCUACCGCAAUUCGCCUCGCCUUGAUCAACCUGACCCUCAAUCUCGGCUUAAUCAUCGAUCCAACCGUUAACGAGAUGACUGCGCUCCGCUCCGAGUUGACCAGUAUCCCUCUUCAACUGGGCCACGGAUUUGGAAUCAACCAAACCAAAUUCGGAAGACUCUGCUAUUCCCACCCUGCCAUCGCCUGGAAGAUCGAGGCUGUGAAAAACAUUGGCUAUUACGAGGACUGGUUCGCCGUUCGCCACGCUCUGAACUUCGCUGAGGGCCUCCAGAUGUUUGGUGACGCUGCCGACGCUCUCGACGAUGGAAACGUCAAACAAGCGUAUUUUAGAUUUUACGCCUACUACACGGAUCUCAUCACUCGAAACUAA